GACAAAUUUGCAUUGAUUGUCAAUAUUGGAGGUUAUUUUGUGAACUGUGGACCUGUUGUGGAGUAUAUAUGUGGUAGUUUAAAGAGUAUUUAUGGGUUAGAUGCUGAUAGAUUUGGCUACUUUGACCUACAAGAAGAAAUUAAGAAGUUGGGAGUUAACAAGUAUGAAAAAGUUGUGUAUAGAAUACCCAAUGCUGGUGUUGGAGCUGAUAGUUUGAGAGAUGUAAUUGAUGAUAAAGGGGUUAUGGAGAUUAUUAGUUGUGGUAAGAAUAACAAAACUAUAGUUCAGAUUUAUGUGGUUGGUGGUGACAUUAUUGAUGAUGAAGCAGAUGAGAAUGUUGAGGCAUCAUUCCAGACAAAAUCUUCUAGCCAGCAAGAUACUGAUGAUGGGGAAGAGGUGAAUGGUUUGAGUCAGGCUGAGGCAUCAAUUGAGGAAGAGCCUGCAGACCAGUUGGAGGAUAUUAAUGAUAUUAUUGACAACUUCACUUCUGUUGAACAUGGUGAAGGAUGA